UGCUGCCAGGCUGAGCAUCCAAACAGCAGCAGACUGUCAGACUGAACGCAGGGUAAAGACACAGACAGAUCACAGCACUUAGCCGGAGUUUGAAACGCCUUUGGGAACUCAAAAAAGGAAAGAUGACUCUUGCAGCGUACAGAGAGAAGAUGAAAGAGCUCCCUCUAGUGUCUCUCUUCUGCUCCUGCAUCCUACCCGAACCUCGAGAAAAGCCCACCAAGAAAACACAAGAUGUUGUGGACCUCAACCUGGGAAUCAUUAAAGACAUGGAGGUCAUUGAGCUAAACAAGCGAUCAUCAGGCCAGGCCUUUGAGGUCAUCCUCAGACCACCAUCCUUCGAUGGACUGAGGGAAUUUAAUCCGACCUUCCCACCCCGCAGGGACCCGUCGCUGGAAGAGAUCCAGAAAAAAAUGGAUGCAGCCGAGGAGAGGAGAAAGUGUCAAGAAGCGGAGCUGCUCAAACAUCUGGCUGAGAAGAGAGAACAUGAACGCGAGGUGGCCCAGAAAGCCAUUGAAGAACACAACAACUUCAUCAAGAUGGCCAAAGAGAAACUAGAGCAAAGGAUGGAGAUAAACAAGGAGAACAGGGAGGCCCACAUUGCUGCUAUGCUGGACCGUCUUCAGGAGAAGGACAAGCAUGCUGAGGAGGUGAGGAAAAACAAAGAACAUUUGGAUUUCGACUGGCAGUAGAAAACAAGACCACUUCCUGUCCUUAAUUUGUAGAGGAAAUGCAAAAAACUGAGGCUUUUAAGAGUCCUGCUGUGGCUUAGCAUAUCGUCAGCUAAUCGUUACAAGGCCAAAGCAACAAAUAAUCGCACAUUUGUUGCCGCCUAGAAUGCUUUGUGUAUUAUGAACAUGGAAAUGGGCGUCACAAUUGAAAACUACAGAAAGUCAUUUGUUUUGUUUGCCGUCAGACUGUGUUUGGGAAAAACCGCAUACAGUAGUUCAGAUCGUAGUGAGUCACUUCUGUACAAGCCAUCACUGAGCCUUUAGUCUUUAGUGCAGUGGUUCUCAAACUUUUUCGUUCUAAGGCCCCCUUUGUGUUAAGUGCAUCGCUUUGCGGCCCCCCAUAUAAAGACGUAUAAUCUUAAACUUAGAAUUUUAAUUAAACCAAAAACAUUCAGUUAUACAAUGCUGGAACCUCAAUUCUUUUGGUUGGUGGUGUCAUUUUUCUGAUGUUUGAUUGCAUAAAAUCUAUGAUAAAUUUCUAUAUUUCAUAAAAUGCCACAAAAUCUGUGGCCCCCCUGGAUCCAUUUUGGGGCGCCCCAGGGGGCCACGGCCCCCAGUUUGAGAACCACUGCUUUAGUGUAUUGUAGUUUAGCAUGUAGUGAUCGGACAAUAGUAAAAGCAAGUAAGCUAACUAAGAUUUGCAUUUGUGGAUUAGAUGUUUGUACUUCUUUGUGUCGUUUUAGAGGUGAUGUGUACUUAGUACAGUAGUUUUGCUUUGUAUUUGUGUGUCAUACUGUUUGUCCCUUGUUUUUCUAGAAAGAAAAAUGAGUCGAAUUUGUUAGUUAGCUGAAAGCUCCUUUACAUUAAAUGCUAGUGUGUAUUGUGUGGCCAUAACCAAACCAAACUUUUUUAUGCUUGCAUGCUGUGACGCAAUCGAUAAAACACAUGAAAAGCCAUUUGGUGUGUGACCGUGUGGUUCUUGUCCUGUGCCUAAUUGCUCUAUCUCUGAA